GCAUCCUAGGGCUGAUAUUCAUCAAUCCCAAGGACACACUCGUUUCUCAUACCGUCCUGUCUGGUUUCUGCCCGGCUUCUGUCGCGCUGCCUGUUUUCAGUCUCUCGUUUCGUCCCCUUGACCCCUGAUUUGUUUUGAUCCAGGGAUCGCUACAUUCGGUCGCCCUAAGGAGGAUACUUGUUGCUUUUACCUUUUACCUUGGUCCCUGUCGACUGACGGCCAAAUCUAACAAACCUAUCGGCAUACAUCUCGUGAUCCAUUCCGACUAGACUGAUUAUCACGUCUCUGUGGCUGAUUCUCAGCGACCGUUAAUGGGCAUCGACUCCAAGGGAUACUGAAACACACUAAAUCCCCGCCAGAGACCGGUUCUCCAGAAACCAAUCACUCCGGACUCCCACGAAAUCUUCACCAAGAAACUCCAACUCAUUUCUCUCGCUAUCUCGAUCUUUUUUCUCGCUACCAAUCUCACUUGAACGAUUGAUAGGGUUACGCCGGCCGUCCCAUCUUUCGUCUAACAGUAAUCAAUUGCAACCAGUUGCACCUCGCUACUCGCUCCCUUUCGACCAGUUUGGACGUCCAAAAAUGAGGUCGUUCACGCUAUCCACAGUCUUCGCGACUGCCGCCCUCCUCGCCAGUAGCUCACCGGCUGCCGCUCAGGAACAAACAUAUAUUGGCUGCUUCUCCAGCUCGAAGCCCCUGGAGGACCAGGGUAGCUACACCUACCAGAGUAACGGAUACUGCAUGAACCUCUGUUAUGGAAAGAACAAGGCCGUCUUUGGUUUGUACAAUGCAAACCACUGUCUCUGUGGCGAUGAGAUCCCCGCCAAAUCGAGCAAGGAAGAUGAUGAUUCAUGCAACAAGCCAUGUGCUGCCUGGCCUAUCGUCAUGUGUGGUGGAUCGGAUGCAUACUCGGUUUAUCUCACCGGCUAUAAGGACAACGUUCCAUACUAUUCGGACAGUUCCUCUUCGACCACGUCCUCUUCGAACAGCAGCAGCACUUCUACAACUAGCGGUGAUUCUACAACGACAAACGCGAAUGGUGCCGUUGUGACCACCUCGAGUGCUAAUGGACAACAGGAAAUGGCCACCAGCACGGCGUCGGCAGACAACGACUCAAGUAAGAAGGACGGACCUAAUACUGCUGCCAUCGCUGCGGGUGUGGUCAUUGGUGUUGUGGGUCUGGCUGCUCUGAUAGGUGCUGGCUUCUUCCUCUGGCGCUUCAAGAAGCGCCACCCAGCUGAUCAGCGGAUGCGCGAAAUGAGCAACGUUGAACAAUUCGGCAAACCCAUGUCGCAAGACUCCAUGUCUGACCAUCGGUUUGAUGGUGACUUUAUGGCCCACAGGCGCCAGAGCAACGGUAGCAUCGAUGAUGACCGAGAUUUCUCUCGCCGGGUCUUGCAAGUCACGAAUCCUGACCGGCACUAACCGUUGUGUCUACUACCCAGUAUUUGCACCUCAUGAUAUUCGGUUUGCACCUCCGGAUUUACAUUCACGAACUCAACCUGUCUUAGCGGACAAUAUCGCCUUCUCGGAUAAGCUAUCGAAUCCGCCCCAUAGUUUCAAGCUCCGCCCAUUGGUCGUCUUCCACGAGUUUAGGGUGCCUUGGAAUUCCUCGCUAGACUCAACGCUAGAUUGACAGAGCAACUUUACCGCGGAUCGCGGAUGAGAUUUUGGUAUGAAGGCGUUUGGGCUGGUUGACCUUUUUAUUCUAAUUCAAAAUAUUUCGUAUUUAUUCUGUUACCUGUAUGUUCUUGAAUUGAGAACCACAUUUUUUCUCAUGUCCUUUUUGGUUCUCAAUCAUGUCGUGCAAGCAUGCAGUCUGCACGCCUGGCUCCCAACAGGGAUGCGCUUCGUUCAAUUGGCACGCGGCAUAUAGUGAAUCGUAUCCUCCGUGUGCAUGUCC